CGGUUACCCCACAAAAUCCACGGGAUUUUGCCCUUUUAUUCCACCUCAGCCCCAAAAGUAGCCAUUUCACUCUUUUCUCUGUUUUUUCUCUCUCUCUCUCAAACCAGAGGAAAUGGUAUCGGACAGCGAGCUCGUCGACCGGAUUCAUGAGUUUCUAAGCACCGCAGACCUCGAUACCACCACCAACAAUAUCGUCCGGCGAAAGCUCGAAGAGGACUUCAAUAUCGAUUUAUCGGAUAGAAAAGUGUUUAUUCGAGAACAAAUUGAUCUUUACCUUGAAAGCUACUAUCAAAUUAACCAAGAACAAAUGGAAGUAGAAAACGAUCAAGAAGAAGACCCGGAGGAGGAUGAAGAAGAAGAAGACCCGGAGGAAGAAGAAGACCUGGAGGAAUCUAAGGCUGUUGAUAAAGCAGAAGGAAAAAGUUCUGAGAAAAAGCCUGGGAAGAAGAAUGAAAGUGGUAAAAGGAAAGCUGGCGGAUUUACCAAAAUAUGCAGCCUUUCUCCGCAACUUCAGAAAAUUACUGGGGAAGCUGAACUAGCAAGGACAGAGGUGGUGAAGAGGAUGUGGCAGUAUAUAAAUGCAAAUGAGUUGAAAAAUCCAUCAGAUAAGCGGAUUAUAAACUGUGAUGACACAUUGCGCGAGCUUUUUGGUGUGGAAUCCAUAAACAUGUUCGCAAUGAACAAGGCCCUGACAAAGCAUAUCUGGCCUUUGGAUUCUGAUGCUGCAAACAAAAAGCAGCGGAAGCAAGAGGAGGAUGAAGAUUUGGAUGAGCCAAAGAAAGAGGAACAGCAGAAGAACUCUGGAUCCGUCUGACGAGAGGCGAGUAAUAUGUGAUGAGAAGUUGAAAGAAGUGUUUCAUGUUGAAACCCACAGGGGAAUUGGAGUAACGAAACUACUUUCUCCACAUUUUAUAUGGUUUGGUGAAAAUCUCGAUAGCUUCAGAAUUUUGUUUUAUGUUUGAAGCUUGAUGCCAACAUCUUUGUUAUCUUUUCUGUUGAUAUGUUUUUGGAUACUGUGAAUAACUAUACGAGAAGGGGACACGAUUACAAGUUGAUUCGCAGGUCUUCUCCUAUGAGAGUGUAAAAACCUCAUUUUGCUCAAACUGACCAACUUAGGAAUUGUACUUGGAUUAAAAUUGUGAAUAUUCAUGUACUUUUCUGCAUUUUUUUCUGGAAAUAUACAAGGACAAUUGGGGAGUA